GGCACUGACCGCCGCCGGCCAUCACCGAUUCGAUCGCUAUGGCAGCUGAAACCGAUCACCACCUACGCGCUGAUCACGUCGUGCUGUUCCCGUUCAUGGCGCAGGGCCACUUCGCGCCGUUCCGCUGCCUCGCCGCCCUCGUGCGCCGCUGCCGCCCCGACGCCCGCGUCACCGUCGUAGCCACCGUCGAUGCAGCCGAGUCCAUCCGCGCCCACCUCGACCACGACGCCAUCGCCGUCCACGUGCUGCCUAUCAGCCCCGUCGGCGCUUCCCAGCGGCUCAUCGACCUCUUCCUCGCCUCCGAGUCCCUCCGCCCGGCGUUUCACCAGUUCAUCGCGGGCCUCAGACGCUCCGACCCCCGCGCCUACGUGCACGUCGUGGCGGACAUGUUCCUGGCCUGGACGGCGGACGUAGCCCGCGGUGACCCCGGCGUCACGCACUCCGUCUUGCUCACCACGGGCGGCUACGGCUCGGCACUCUACUUCUCGCUCUGGAACAGCGUCCCGCUUGUCCCGGACGACGACGAAUGCUUCCGGUUGCAGAGCUUCCCGGACAUCCGCAUCCACCGCUCGCAGCUCACCGGCCACCUCGCGAUGGCUGACGGCGGCGACGAGUGGUCCACCUUCAUCCGCAGGCAGAUCGCCGCCUUCUCCCGCGCCGACGCCCUGCUCGUCAACACCGCCGAGAAGCUGGAGCCCAAGGGAUUAAGCAUGCUCCGGCAAUCGCUCAACAAUGUCCCGAUAUUCCCGGUCGGGCCGCUGCUCCGAGCGGCUAGUUCGUCGUCCCCGCAGGAGACGACAUUGAGGAGCCCCAUCUUGGCGUGGCUCGACAAGCAACCACCGGGCUCGGUGUUGUACGUGUCGUUCGGGUCGCUGUACAAGAUCUCUGCGUCACAGGCGACGGAGCUGGCAAUGGGGCUCGAGAAGAGCGGGCACAAGUUCGUGUGGGUGGUCCAGCCCGCCGCCGACGUGAACGGCAGCGAGUCGCCAUCCUCGGGCCUUCCGGACGGGUUCGCGGAGAGGAUGGAUGUUGCCGGGCGCGGGCUGGUUGUGCAGUGCUGGGCACCGCAGGUGGAGAUCCUGGCGCACCCGGCCACGGGCGCCUUCCUAACGCACUGCGGGUGGAACUCGGCACAGGAAAGUCUCGCCGCGGGCGUGCCGAUGGUCGGCUGGCCGCUGUCGGCAGAGCAGUUCUACAACGCCAAGUUGCUAGUGGAGGAGAUGGGGGUGUGCAUCGAGCUGGCACGCAGCACCGCGGCGGCCGUGACGAGGGACGAGGUGUUGGAGGCGGUGGAUAGGGUGCUCGGCGAGACGUCCGGAGUGCGUGCCGUGAUGAGGAGGAAGGCCGCGGAGAUGAAGGAGGUGAUCGACGCGGCGAGGGACAGCGACGGCGAGUACUCAUCGCUUGGAGUGACGCGGAGGUUCUUGGACGCGAUGGCGCGUACAUCGUCUGUCAUGGGAACAACUAUGUCUGGCACUUCAGGUGAAGCCCAAGGACGACCUAGCCGGGCCAAGCGAGGGAUGAAGCCCAACCCACUUAACACAGAGGAGCUGAUAGUGGUCCAGGAACUGAAGAUAUAGGCGCUACUCAUCUUCGUGGAGAGGCAUGGAGGAACUGGAACCUGAACUGGCCGCCGUUGGGCGUUUUCCCUCUCCCACCUCCUGGCUCUAGCUUCCCCAUCCCCUUUCUUGCUGGUAGAAACUUGUAUCCGUGAUUGAAUUCCUUGUAUCCAUGAUCUAUUGAGUGAUUCAUAUCUAGGUUCAUAUCAUUUGGUA